UGCUUCCACUGUGCUCAAUGAUUCCACAGUCACUCUCCUUCUCCUUCCUUUGAAUAUAUUAUGUCGCAGGCUUCCUUCUUCCCACCUUCAACAGAGAAAAAUGUCUAUCAGCACUAUCUGCUUCCUCUUCUUCUUCUUCCUCUGCUCCUUCCUUCCCCACCUCUCUCACUCCCUCCAAUCCCAAUCAAGCUUCCUCUACCUCAUGCAACAAUCUCUGUCUGGCAUCACCAGCAGCUGGAACUUCAACACUAGCAACCCCUGCAACUUCUCUGGCAUCACUUGUGAUGACGAAGAGCACCAAAACAUCAUCCAAAUCGACCUCUCCUCCUCCUCUCUCGCCGGAAACAUCCCUCCCGGCAUCUGUUCCUCCCUGCCGCUCCUCCGCACCCUCCGCCUCGGCUUCAACAACAUCCUCAGCGGUUUUCCAAUUGACGUUCACAACUGCUCGCACUUAGAAGAGCUCAACCUCACCAACUCUGGCGUCACAGGAACCAUACCUGAUUUAUCCAGCCUCAAUUCUCUCCGCUCACUCGACCUCUCCAAUAAUCUCUUCUCCGGCGACUUUCCACUCUCCAUAACAAACCUCACCAAUAUUGAAGCUAUAAAUUUCAAUCAAAAUCCCACCUUUAAUGUUUGGCGGCUGCCGGAAGCCAUUACGGGGCUAAGAAACCUCAGGGUGCUGAUUCUUUCGACAACUUGCAUGCGAGGGGAGAUACCUCCAUGGAUUGCUAACAUGACCUGGCUCACUGAUCUUGAGCUGAGUGGCAAUUUGCUUGUCGGAAGGAUUCCGGCAAGUAUCGGAAGAAUGGAGCAUCUCCGGCUACUGGAGCUGUAUUAUAACCUGCUCGAAGGAGAGAUACCGAUGGAACUUGGAAAUUUAACAGAGCUUGUUGACAUCGACUUGUCAGUGAAUAGGCUCACCGGAAGAAUACCGGAAAGUCUUUGCCGGCUGCCGGAGCUUGGAGUUCUGCAGCUUUAUAGCAACAGACUCACCGGAGCUAUCCCGCCGGUGCUCGCGAACUCCACUUCUCUUACAAUUCUGUCGGUGUACCAAAACUUACUCUCCGGCGAGGUGCCUCCAACACUCGGCAAGUUCUCUGAGCUGCUUGUGCUUGAGCUCUCAGAGAAUCAGUUCUCAGGGGAAUUACCAAGAGAUACUUGCGCGGCAGGCAAGUUGCUUUGUUUCUUAGUACUUGACAAUCAGUUUUCCGGCGAAAUACCAGAGAAUUACGUGAGAUGCUGGUCUCUGCUGCGUUUUCGAGUAAACAACAAUGAACUGAGUGGUGAAGUGCCAAGCAUGCUCUUUGGGCUUCCUAACGCUUCCAUUAUUGAUCUAAGCUUCAACCGUUUUCAGGGAAGUUUUGCAAAAUUUAUAGGAAAUGCGAAGAAUUUAUCAGCAUUGUUUUUGCAAAACAAUCAGUUUUCUGGCGGGUUGCCACCGGAAAUUUCAAAAGCAGCCAGUUUGGUGAAGAUAGAUCUCAGCAACAAUUUGUUCUCAGGUUCAAUUCCAGCCGAAAUAGGGUACUUGAGCAGCAUGAGCCAGCUUUCGUUGCAGGGGAACAAGCUUGACUCUGUAAUUCCUGAAUCUCUUUCUUUGCUCAAGUCCCUCAAUGUGCUUAACCUCUCAAACAAUCUACUGACGGGGCAGAUACCAAAUAGCCUCUGCAAUCUCCUGCCCAAUUCACUGGAUUUCUCAAAUAACAGGCUUUCCGGUCCAGUGCCUCUCCCUCUCAUAAAAAAUGGGCUUAUUAAAGGAAUCUCAGGCAAUCCAGGCCUGUGUGUUCCCAUUCAUCUUAAUUUCUCUGAACUAAUCCUUCCACUGUGUCCACAGCCCAGAUUUAGAAAGAGACUGAACUGCAUAUGGGCCAUUGCAGUUUCUGUUGUUCUUUCAAUUCUCGGAAUUCUGUUGUUGGCUAAGCGCUGCUUGGGCAAGAAGAACAAGUUUAUAGAGCGCGAUCAACUCUCAUCCGCCAUGCCAUUCUCCUAUGACAUCACGAGCUUCCAAAAGUUAAGCUUUGAGCCGCACGAGAUAACAGAAGCUUUGAUUGAUAAGAACAUUGUUGGUCAUGGAGGAUCCGGGACUGUCUACAAGAUUGAACUAAGUAAUGGAGAGUCGGUUGCCGUGAAGAAGUUACGGAGAAAAAAGAUAAAGGAAUCUUCAUCCUCAGAUAAGAUGAAUUUUGAAAAGCAACUGAAGGCAGAAGUAGAGACACUUGGGAGCAUCAGACACAACAACAUUAUAAAGCUCUACUGCUACUUCUCAAGCUUGGAUUAUAACAAUCUCCUUGUUUAUGAGUACAUGCCCAAUGGCAAUCUCUGGGAAGCUCUUCACAACUCCUGGAUCUUCCUGAAUUGGCCUUCCAGGCAUAAGAUUGCGCUUGGGAUAGCACACGGACUGGCUUAUCUUCACCAUGAUCUGCUGUACCCGAUCGUUCACCGGGAUAUCAAGAGCUCAAACAUACUCCUUGAUGCAGAUUUUGAGCCAAAGGUUGCAGAUUUUGGAAUUUGCAAGGUCUUGCAUGCAGGAGAAAAUUACGCAGCAUCCACCACUGUGAUUGCAGGCACCCAUGGAUACUUAGCCCCAGAAUAUGCCUACUCCUCCAAAGCAACCACGAAGUGCGAUGUUUACAGUUUCGGUGUAGUGCUCAUGGAGCUGAUAACAGGGAAGAAACCGAUCGAUGCCGAAUUUGGGGAAAACAGAAACAUCAUUUAUUGGAUCUCGAACAAGAUGGCAACACGAGAAGGGGCAUUGGAGGUUAUGGAUAAGAGGCUAUCAGCCUGCCCAUUCAAGGAAGAGAUGAUACAUGCGCUGAGAAUUGGGCUGCGGUGCACCUGCAGCUCCCCAGCCCUUCGACCCUCCAUGAACGAGGUUGUCCAGCUCCUGCUCGAGCUGGAUGCAAGCAAGCAUGAUGUGAAUGGUGGAUCAUCAAUCAAGCUGAAGGAUUCGGCUUCUAUCACAAAGACUAGUAACUAAAUUUAAGCCAAGAUUGGUGAUCAAAGCUGUACUUGGUUUAGGCAGCCUAUUUAGAUUAGUUGGACAAGACGUCUAGUACUUAAAAGAAAGCUUUUCGUUCCUCUAAUGCCAUCUUUUCUCUCUUUUUUCUUUCUUGUUUUAAGAUUGAAUAAAGUUACUCCGCUAA